ACACGAGCCCCGGAUGUCACUCAGCUAAUUUCUAUGCUGGAGAGGUACUUUCAUUCAGCCACAUGGCUACCUUGCGGUAACCGCAUAACUCAAAUAGGAGAACGCUGCUACCGCGGCCAGGCGCAACGUAGCACUUGUGCCUGCCUGAGAACUUUCAAGCUCUACUGUGGAUUAACAAUAUACAAGAUGUUCCUCCAAGAAGCAUGUCUCCUCUUGCUGUUGAGCUUUGGUACGUCUACGGCAAUAGAUCCCCGGCCCUUCUAUGUGUUCGGUAACAUGGCGAAUAGCUUAGAAGAUGUAGACAACUUCGUGGCGCGGGGUGCGAACGCUGUCGAGGCUGACCUCGAGUUUGCCUCCGACGGCACGGCCGAGGAGUUCUACCACGGUGGGCUCUGCGGCUGUGGGCGCGACUGUGAAAAAUCAGCACAAGCGAACACAUACCUAUCGUAUCUGAGGGACUCCGUCAAUGGUGGCAAGUUUGCUGACAAGCUGCAGCUUCUGUACAUCAACACAAAAACUUGGAGGCUUUCCCCUGGAGUGAAAUACCAGGCUGGCAUCAACCUCGCGAAUAAAUUGAUAGCUGAUCUUUGGAAUAAUGGCACGAUUCCGUCCGAGCACAUGCUGAACGUGAUCAUGUCCGUGUCUACAACGAUGGACAAGGAAAUCCUCUCGGGGGCGCUGGAUACCUUGAGACGGGCCUCAAGUUCUUCGCUCUUCCUGGACCACGUAGGCUUCGACAUCAGUGGAUACGAGUUGCUUAGCAUCAUCGCCGAUACAUACGAAGAGCUGGGCAUCCAUGGACAUCGCUGGCAGGGCGAUGGCGCCAAUAACUGCUUCAUCGACGUUUACGGGGAAGCGCGCACGAAAGCAGUGACGUCACGUCGAACGGAAGCGAACACGACGGCUGACUACGUGGACAAGGCGUACGUGUGGGCUGUCGACAAUGGAAAGACAAUGCGUCGAUUUCUGAGGCGCAAUAUUGAUGGCCUGAUGACUAACGUGCCAACAACCCUCCUGAGUGUUCUCGAAGAAGGCGAAUUCAAGUCGAAGUAUAGGCUUGCCACCACCCAGGAUAGUCCCUGGAAGCGCAUUUUGUGAACACCAGCCGUAUUUUUGCUCUUAGAAAACUGGAAGACGGGCCGCAUCUCCACCAUAAUAAAUACCUGAAAAACUUGGACUACACCCGUCAA